GUGGGAGAGGGAAAGGCGCUGCUUCGCUUCGGACGCGGCGUGGACCUGGAAAAGCCAAAAACCAAACGGUAGCGCUGCCCUCCGGGCCGCGCGCUCUCUGUUCGGCGAAGGGGGUUUUCUGGUCUGCCGGUGCAUGCAGUUUGAGUCAGUCGUAAGGUGCGAGCGGAGCCGAGCGGAGCGUGGCGGAGAGCAGCGGGACAGGACCGGACUUGUGUUUGUGAAGGCUGUGGUGUUUGUUGUGGAGUGGAGUAGUCUGCUCGGGCCGCGCGCAGUGUGCCAAAGCCACGGCAAAGCCGUGCUGCUGCCAUUCCCGUCCCCGCCCUGUGUGACAGUGCUCGUGUGGAUAUUUCGUGAGGCGCCAUGUCAACGAUAAAGGACGACCUUUGACGACAACAGAUUGGAAGAAUCUGUGUGCAUGUGUGUGCGUGUGUGCUGUUAUCGGAUACAAUAACAAAAACAAAAAGAACAUGACGAUGGCGAUGAUGGCGUCCUGCAAGUACGCCAUCGUCUUGCUGUUCCUUCUGAGAGCGACGUGCAGCUACCCUGCUACAACAUUUUCCGCGAGUAACCUCGCAGCCCGCGGCGGGCGGUCCCUACCCGGCUCAGUCUUGCGUCUAACGCACUGGCCGUGGUACGCGUCGCUGACGCCGCGACGCCCCGUCUCGCUGAUCUCGGCGCCCGCGUCGCCCUGGGGAGCGUUCUCGCGCCCCCUCUCCUCGGCGCCCCUGCGAGCGACGCCGCCCGUCUGGGAGCUGCCGCCGCCCCGGGCGACGCCCGUCUGGGCGCUCCCGCCGCUCGUCACGCCCGUCCACGAACGGCGACCCAACAAUGACUUUGUCGUGAUAUCCUUGGCGCCGUCUUCGAGCCACGUCGCCAGCCGCCGGCCCACCCGGUACGACUGGGUGCCUGCGUCGGCGGCGCCGACGCCCAGCCCGGAGGCCGCGGCGGCCGCCCUGACGCCCACGCCGCAGUGGGUGCGCCUGGUGACGGGCGGCACCCCGCUGUACGACAUGGUGGAGACGGUGCAGAGCGGCGCACGCCCCAACCUGGUGAUCCGCCGCCCGGCCACCAGCCGCAUCCCCAUGACCUCUGGCCGCCCCAACACCAUCACGACCACUUCACCGUCGUGGCCGUCUUCGCCGUUCCCCGCCGCAGUGGGGGUGGUCCCACUGCGUGGAGACCAGCCGGCCGGGGCGGAGGAGGCUGCAACAGGUGCGGCAGCUGGCCCUGCAGCUGGCGCGCCGCCGGACCGGAAUACAGAAGGAGGCCCGCUACGUGACGUCACCACCACCACCCUUGCACCCGAGACCAGCACCGUGUUGGACCCGAUCGCGCGCCCCGCCGCUGCCGCCGCGACGCUCUCUCCUUGGUCGGACGUCACAGCCACCACCAAUGAACCCAAGACCAGCACCGAGCCGGAGCUGACUGUGCGCCCCCUCGGCGCCGCGACGCUCGCCCCCUUGACGGACUUCUGGACCACCGCGUCCACGGACAGCACCUCCACGAGGGACGAGGCGGCCACCACCCAGUACUCGACCAUUGUGCCGACUUCGCCAACCACGAGCGAGGUAGUUUCGACUGCGUCCGAGCAGCUGGGAGACACUUCAACCUUUGCCCCCUACGUGGAGACCACCACAGCGGUCCCCCACGUCACCGACUACACCGUCACGUCGACGGCGAAGACGAGUCUGACCACUGUUUUCGUACACCCUGCAGCCGACAACAUCGUCUUUGACUCUGUCGAGUCGUCUGUGGCCCCGGACUACCUGACGCAUGCCGUCACCCAAACCACCACUCAGCAAUCGUCUGCCCACGCCCAUGUGACGAGCACUGAUUCUGUGACGAAUGCCGAGACUCCUUCGGACCUUGUCACUCAUGGCGUGACCACGAUUCAACCAGCUUCGGACAACAGCGAAAAUAGUGACAUCUCUACAACAACGGGAUACCUUUUCCAUAAAGAAACUGUCACUGUGACGGAAGCAAUUGAGGCGACUAAUCCUGUGUCCGAGUAUGAAACCAUUGUGACCACGGAUAGUUCUGGGUACCAGUCGACCACCCCUGUGUAUGAAGACACCGUCGCUGUGACGAACGAGCCCGUUGUGACAACGGCUCAACCCGUGUAUGAAGGCACCACCGUUGUGACGAACGAGCCCGUUGUGACGACCGCUCAACCCGUAAAUGAAGAUAUCACCGCUGUGACAAGCGAGCAGCCACUGAUAACGGGUCCUCCUGCGCCCGAGGACGCAGAUGUGACUUCGACCACUCAUGCACACCUGACACCGUUUGUGACCGCCGACCCAACUGCGGCGACUACUGAAAUCCUGGAUACAAUCGAGAUAGAGAUUAAUCGAAGAGGCAAGCCUGACGUGACGGAGAGCACUACCGCUGAACCGACAACCGAAGCCUUCAGUCCACUAGCCGUGGAGGCCAUGGACACCACCAUCCCACCGUCUCAAGAGACCACCACCGCAGAGGCGGUGCCCUACGCGGUCACAACGGACGCCAAUUCAGACGCCUCAUUCACUCUCUCAACCACCUCUGCAACUUCAGAGGUUUCCUGGAUUUUCACGACAGAGGCCCUAUCGACCACCUCUGCCUCGACAGAGGCGUUUUCGACCACCUCUGCCCCGUCGACGGAUGUCUUCCCUACCACCCCGGCAGAGCUCUACUCGACCUAUUCGGCGGUAGGGUUUACGACUGCUACAGAAGAAGUUCCAUCAACCACAUCUUCGACCGAGGUGCACUCGGACCCAAUCGAGGUCACCACCCCGACGACGCUCCCGUCACAGGACUACACUACAGCGGGGCCCUACACGGCUCCGGUUGAGCAGACGACGCACACCGUUGAGGCGCUCACGACCAGCACCGGCCAUGAAACAACUUGGACAGAAGCCUUCACGGCGACAGAUUUCCCCGCCUCCUUGACCGCGGAGACCGCCACCCCAGCCGCUCUCACAUCAGCGCAGCCUUACAACCUGGAAGGCGCAUCCACAGUAGCGGACUACACCACCGCGUCGCCGAGCGACUUGUCAACCUUGUCUUCGGAAGUGUACACUGUGGCUUCUGCGGAGACUUUCUGGACGACCUUUUCGACCCAGCCCGGCCCAGAAGAAACAAUUUCGACCGUUUUCACAGAGGGCCCUUCGACGCCUCUGACCGAGGGUAGCACUGGGCUGGACUACAUUUCGCCUCCGCUUGGAGGCGACGCCUACACGGCCACCGUCAUCGUGACGGAGUCCCCCACCGUCACCGAGGAGCUCGUCUCUACCACCCCAGUCUCAACGGACAGCACCGCGGCCUACUCGCCGCAGGCCGCCACCGUGGUAACGAACCCCCAGGUCGUGCCUAAGGAGACCGUCCCAACGUCCGCCCCCGUCCAGGACUUCAACUACUAUGACGGCGUUGCCUUCGAGGAUGGCACCUCCCUGGGCGGCUCCCCCGCCGACGGCUAUAUCCCAGACUACGACACCAGGUCGGACGAGUACGACGGCGACUACUUCGCGGACGCGGCCAGGCCGAGGCUGCCGCUCCUGCCGCCGGCCUCCAGCGACACCAAGGGGCUGGAGAUAGCGUCCCUGGUGCGGGAGACUCCCGCCCCGCCCAAGCAGGAGACCCAGAGGCGCGGGGACAUGCCGCUCGAGGACGACGACGAGGACGACGAGGAGAGCAACGACGUCGGGUUCGGGUCCAGCUACCAAGCCACCGUCCGCCUGACGACCACGCCGAAGCCCGUCGUCAACACGCCCCGCUACGGCGGCGACACCUUUGAAGGUCAGAUGUUGCGCCGGAUGGCCCCACUCGUGGUGAGGCAGCUGCACAUGGGGCACCUGUCCGACGAGGACGUCACCCGCCUCAAGUACAUCUUCGGCCCCAUCUGGCCCGAGGUGGAGGAGUUGGCCCGGGCCGUAGGAGCAUCGGGCCCCGCGCGGGCGCGCAGGGACACGGCGCGCUACCCGCACUUCAAGAAGUGGCGCGGGGAGCACCGCGAGGGCGGCCUCGCGCGCCGCAGCACCACGGCGUCGAGCAAACGUCCGGCGCGUCGGCCGGCCCGCCAACCCACCCGUCGCCGGCGCACCAAGAAGCACUCCAAGCGAGGCCACAAGCACGCCAACAAGGCCCACCCGGCUAAGCAGGACGCCAACAAGACUCACCCGCCCAAGCAGGACACCAAUAAGACCCAUCCGCCCAAUCAGGACGACAAGACCAAUCCAGCCAAGAAGCACGUCCGGAAGCCCAAGCAACACAAGCAUCACGUUAAGCCUGAGGCUGCCGAGAGACCCAAGCGUUCGAUAGGCGCCCUGGCUGCCGAGGUCGACGCCGACCUGGAUGAGGAGUACGACUACGAAGAGGACAAGGACUACAUGGGCGACGAGGACUACGACGAGGCUGAGGACGAGGAGGAGGGUGACGGAGAAGACUUAGGUGCGGAUGCCGGCGACGAGUACGAAGAGGAGUACGAGGAUGAUGGGGACGUUGCUCCACCGCGCAUCUUGGACGACGACAACCCCUCCGUUAUGGAGCUCCACUACCGUGCCAGACAGGCUCAGGGUUACGUCCCCGAGGAGAAGACGUCACCUGUCAACAAGGACCUCGCCGAGGCUCAGGCAGAGAGCGUCGAGGAAGACAUGGCCAUGGAUGUGGCAGAGUACGAAUACUACUGAUGUAUCUUAUUUGGAUCAGUUUGACAAGCUGAGCUGCUUGCUCAGUGCAAGAACGCUACAUUUUGUGUUCUGCUGUUAAGCUAAGACUAAGGUCAAAGAAGUUGACGAUAGGCAGAGGAAAUUAUCAAGUCAAUCCGUUGAUAAUAAUAAUUGGAAUGAAAGUACAAAAUUAGGCUUUUAAUGUGGAAGAAAGAGUCAGAGCAAUAGUUGUAAUCAUAUGUUUUAGCGUAAGAUAUCAUAUUCAGCUGAUAUUUAAAAAAAGAAUUUUAAGCAGUGUAUUUUACCCAGACUUUGUAUAAAUAAUUUGUCAGAAUGAUAGUGCCGGCGUUGCUGUUCUUUUUAUGCAAGUACGUAAUUUUUAAUUUGUUAAAAACAUACCGCCUUCGGUGAUUUUGUAAAAGAGUAAGAUUUUAUAUUUUCCACAUAAAUAUGUUUAAGUCUAAAAGUUGUUAGAGUGUACAUUCGAAACAUUGAGUAAGUUAUUUCUAAAAUACUUUUACAUGCAGAAUGUUACAUCAUGGUAGUUAAUGGCAUGAUUCUUUCGACGAGAAAGUACCUUCACUUUCCAUUUAGAAUUGCAUUUGAAAUAGCAUGUGUAUUUAUGUUAAUGUAUUCUGUCUCUUCAUGUAAUUGUAUCCAGUAAUAAGUUAAUUAGCUAUACCUAAAAAAAAUGAUCUCAUGUGCUACUUUGAAUGUGAUCUAGUUUUAACAAUGUUUGUCAAAAGAUUUUGGCAAUGUGAUCUCUACAUAUCUCUUGAUUUGUAAAUGUAAAUAUGAGUUUAAUACUAGAUAGUCUUUCAAUUAUUCAAAUUUCUCUUCUGUGAAAUGUGAUG